GCCACGAUUGAUUGUGCAGCGCUGUAUUUCAUUUAUCCACUCAUAGUGAGGAAAGGCGCACAGAAAACAUGGUAUAUUAUUGCGAUAAAGUCGACGACAAUGUCUUUCAUCAUGAAAUUUAUAACAAAAUCUCGCAAAGCAUACCACAAAACAAGGAGCAGAUAUUAGAGGCCUUGAUGGACAUCAGAGACUCUAUAUGCGAUAUUCUACGAGGAUGUGAAACAGAUGUCAUUGUGGAGGUUCAUAUAAAUGAUCAUCAAAUUCAGCCGAUGAUUAUUCAAAGUGGGCACGGAGGAAACAAACUAGAAAUGCGUAUAGAAAAAGAUGGAACAAUUCAUCUUCGCUGGAUCAGACAAACCUGGUCUACGUACUUACGGAAAGCGUGGUUUAAUAUCUGGCCCGGAAAAUAGUUUCAAUGCAGCGUUGAUUUUCGUAGGGGGUAUUCCAUUAUUCGAGUCAGAGUUAUCAAUUAGAUUCCUCGCAGCUGGUCAGACUAUUCCUUUUUUCUUUCCUAUUCACAUUACAACAAAUGUUUGCAUGUAGUUAACGGAAAACUUGCCUAUUUUGUAAAUACCUUGCAA